CACACUGUGAUGGAGACUCCUCUCGAGAAGGCCCUGACCAUGAUGGUCAGCACUUUCCAUAAAUAUUCAGGGAGAGAGGGCAGCAAACUGACUCUGAGCAGGAAGGAGCUGAAGGAGCUGAUCAAGAAGGAGCUGUGUCUUGGCGAGAAGAUGAAGGAGAGUAGCAUCGAUGACCUGAUGAAGAGCUUGGACAAAAACAGCGAUCAGGAGAUUGACUUCAAGGAGUACUCGGUGUUCCUGACCACGCUGUGCAUGGCCUACAAUGACUUCUUCCUGGAGGACAACCAGUGACCGGGGAUCAGUCCCUGGCCUCCGCGGCUCCUCUCACAAACCCUCUGAGGUCCCUUGCCCUCCCUGUCCUCCUAGAAGUACCCUGCUUGGGCCUUCCCUUCCAGCAGAGGAAAUAAAGAUUUUCCAU